UUUUUGAUCCCAUAUCUUAUCAUGCUGAUUGCCGAGGGCAUGCCGCUGCUGUACUUGGAGCUGGCCGUGGGGCAGCGUAUGCGGCAGGGCAGCAUCGGCGCCUGGAAAAUAAUAAGUCCCUACCUUUGCGGUGUUGGAGUUGCCAGUGUUGUCGUCUCCUUCUUCCUCUCCAUGUACUACAAUGUGAUAAAUGCCUGGGCCUUCUGGUACCUCUUCCACUCCUUCCAGGACCCCCUGCCAUGGGCCACCUGCCCCCUCAACAGCAACCGCACGGGCUACGAGGAGGAGUGUGAGAAGACAUCGUCCACGCAGUACUUCUGGUACCGGCAGACCCUGAACAUCUCCCCGUCGCUGGAGGCCAGCGGCAGCGUGCAGUGGGAGCAGGCGCUGUGCCUGACGCUGGCCUGGCUCGUGGUUUACCUCUGCAUCCUCCGCGGCACCGCCUCCACCGGCAAGGUCGUCUAUGUAACAGCCUCUUUGCCAUACUGUGUUCUCAUCAUAUACCUCAUCAGAGGAUUAACACUUCAUGGAGCUGUGAAUGGGCUCGUCUACAUGUUCACACCAAAGCUGGAGCAGUUGUCAAACCCCAAGACCUGGAUCAGCGCUGCCACACAGAUCUUCUUCUCACUGGGCCUUGGCUUCGGCAGCCUCAUUGCCUUUGCCAGCUACAACGAACCCAGCAACAACUGCCAGAGACACGCCAUCAUCGUGUCCCUCAUCAACAGCACCACUUCCAUAUUUGCCAGCAUCGUCACUUUCUCCAUCUACGGCUUCAAGGCGACCUUUAACUAUGAGAGCUGUAUCAACAAGGUGAUCCUGCUGCUGCUGAAUGCUUUUGACCUGGAGGAAGGCUCUUUAACAGCAGACAAUCUCAGUGAGAUGAAAGAUUACCUCAUGGCCACCUACCCACAGGAAUAUGCCCAACUAGUGCCACAGAUUAAAAACUGCAGCUUGGAAGCUGAGCUAGACACGGCUGUCCAGGGGACAGGACUGGCAUUUAUAGUCUAUUCGGAAGCGAUCAAAAACAUGGAGGUGCCCCAGCUGUACUCUGUGCUCUACUUCUUUAUGCUGCUGAUGCUGGGCAUUGGCAGCAUGCUGGGGAACACGGCUGCCAUCCUCACGCCACUGACCGACAGCAGGGUCAUUGCCUCCCGCUUUCCCAAGGAGGUCAUCUCAGGUGUUGUGUGUUUUAUGAAUUGUAUAAUUGGCCUGAUCUUCACCAUGGAGGCUGGAAAUUACUGGUUUGACAUCUUCAAUGACUACGCAGCCACCCUCUCGCUGCUGCUCAUUGUGCUGGUGGAAACCAUUGCUGUGUGUUACAUCUAUGGGAUAAGGAGAUUUGAGAAAGAUCUUUAUACCAUGAUUGGAUGCAAGCCAAACUGGAACAUUGCAAUACCAAGCAUGGGAUGCCACACAGGGGCAGCUGGUGACCAAGGAUUACCCAGGCUAUGCCCUGGCGGUGAUCGGGCUGCUUGUGGCAUCAUCCACCAUGUGCAUACCCCUGGGAGCACUAGUGACUUUUAUAAGGAAGAGACUGAAGAGGGAACGAGUUUCAACUGUUGCAUGAAAGCUGACAGCUGGAUUUGGGAAGACCUUACCCCCGUCACCAGUGACUGGGCACUUCUGGAAGACAGCAGCAACCAUUAUUUGUAGCAGCUACUUAUAGAGUUGAGAAUGGUGAAACUGUUGAAGUCUGGCAAUGAGAAUGUGACAAUUGCUUUCCUACAUGGGAAUAAUCAGCAGGAUGGCACUGGGAGAGAAAUGUGGCUAACACAGCUUCUUUUAUACUUGUGUCCAGCAAAACAGUGAAUAUAUAUAUUUAUAUAUGCAUAUAUCUAUAUAUAUGCACACGUGUGUAAGCUGCACAAGUUCUCCCAUCUCCAGAAGUAAGCUUCCAGUUCCAGUAUGCAACUGUGCACUAUGCUGUACUUUGUAUUUUCUAGG